CUCGAAAGUCCGCAUUUGCACCUUGUUCAACACCCACAUCUUGCUCGGCACAGAACACGCAAACAGAUUUUCUGCAAUCCACAAAGUUGCUAUUUCCAGCUUGACGACUCGACGAGAUGAAUGACGACGAGCGCUCGGCUUCACAAGCGCACUCAUCAAAAGGUGAUCAAACAGAUUGGACAGAGGACUCGGAUGAUGACUUGUAUCAAUCAAUAAUAUCCGAUAAUGGUGAAGACUAUAUGGACGUGGAAGACUCCCCUCCGCACGAUGAUGCUCGUGACCUUGUUCAGUCGAUCGAAGGGAUGUAUCGGGUCUUGGACUUGAUCAGUGAACAAGGGAGCGGUGGACUAGUGGACAAAAUCAUCAUUGCGCAGGAUUCACUCCGAGCAUUCGCCAAUACUAUUUGUCCUGGUUCAUAUGUGUCCAUGACGAAAGUCAAGUUCAGCGCGCUGGAUGGCUUGAUCGUGAAGCCUAUUGGCAUUUAUGGGAGCAAAGAAGAAAUAGCGCGCUUCUUAUUGUCUCUCAGCGUCAUCGACGACCACGUAGCAGCACAGCUCGUUAUUGACCACAGCUCGGCCAGUGUUUUGAAACCAAGCCUUCGAUCUGGACUUUACAUCGUCCGAAAAAAUUGUGAAGCUACCUUCGCUGAACAAUUAUUCGUCGUCUACUGGCCCGAGGAUGCCACUUGGGAUGAUUCAGCUCCUUCAUCCGUGAAACGUAACCGUGUUACCUUCAUGCGGUACCUCGCGACAAUGUGUGACCAAAUCAUGGCGCUCAUCUCCCCUGAGCAUGCCCGCUCCAUUGUAUGGAUUGGACAGGAAAGCAAAGACAUUGUGGUGGAAAUGGACAACGACGAAGACGAACCUGAUAGAAUGUUCACAUUUGAAGUGAGGAAAACCAACCAGCAGGAAGAAGCCGUAAAGCUGCGUCCUGGAUUCAAGGCUACAUCCGUUUGCAUAGCCAUGCCCCAGCCUCAUCCGGAGGCACCAGAAGAUUUUGGACUGCAUAAGCCUCGGUUGUUGCACGGCGAGACUACUCAAGGGUUCAUGACAAUUAACUAUCUACCUGCCAGGCGGAUCACCGAUGUUUGGAAGCGUAGGUCGGUCACUCGCCUCCAGUUAGGUGAUUGGUUACACAGUGACAAAUUGCGAGUAAAGGAGAACCUGGGUGCCAACGCAGUGCAUAUUUUGCUGGAUGCAGGCCUAAAGAAUCGCUUCCCGCAAUUGUGUGAACAAUGGCAGCAAGAGUCUGCCAAUAUUUCCUCUAAUACCAGGGUCACAAAAGCAUCGACUGAGGCCAGCAUCAAGACCAAGCUCGAGAAUGACUUGCCCCUUCUCACUCGCAUCUUCCACAGGAAACUGGUGGAUGCCAUCGUCGAAAAAUUUCCCACUUUCACCCAUGAUUCCUUCCCUUUGCGUGACCAAAGCGAGCGAGGCGACUCUGUAGCUCAAGAUCCGAUUGAACCUGCUGUCGCUCCUUCUAUACCAGCUGAUGGCUCUUCCCCUCAUUCCAAGGAAAGCCAGCAGGCUAGCUCUGAAACCCAAGAUCAACUUUCAACCAUCAUUCAGCUAUACCCAGAAAUAGAGAAAGUGUUUCGUCACACGUUGCAAAAGCUGCGCAUCGAGAAGAUCAACAGUCACGAUUUCAAGAACUACAAGCAACGAGUCUAUAUCGCGGAAAGCCUACUUCGCCAAUUUCCCGACAUCAAGAUGGAAGACGAAGACUUCCUGGAUGUAAUCCUGCACGAUGACAUGCGACAUGUCAAGGAAUCUAUCAGGGUGCUAGGGAAUCAUGUCAUCCCGCAUCAGCAGCCGAAGGGAUUGGUGAAGCAAGCUUGGAGCAGUAUUAAUUCCUUCAUCUCGUCUGGGCAAGGUUCCCAGUUCGUGGAUAAGACGUUCGGAGAUGCAGAGGCUUCUGCAUCUAAGAUCAGUGACACUCAAUUCCUCGCUAGCUUGGAUGACAUGGAGAGACUUACUGUCAUGAAAAAAGUUGUUGCAGGUGCCAGGGCUGCUGCAUUGGUGCAUUUCAGAUCGAUUCUAACCACACAAACGACAAACUUGACUCAUGCAUCGUUGCACAUACAAAUUAAUGAGUCUGUGGCCCAGGUUCAUAAGGAAGCGGCUAUCGGUGAAGAGCAGCAACUGGCCGAAUUACGAAAGAGGUUCAUUGCUGACAUCAAUGCCCAUUCACAGACGGGUCAUCAUUCCGGGCAUGCCCUUCUUAUCGAUACCAUCGAGGAUGGACGAGGCUACUAUCAUGCGGUGCCUCCGGUGCAAAUAACUGGUUCAAGGGAAUCUUUCGAGGAACCAAAGCUGGAGUGCACGAUUCACCCCAUGCAAUUGACAGCGCAGGAUCUACAUUCUUUACAGUUAGAUUCUAGCACGAUUCCCUCACCAAAGUUCAGGACCUCGUUCUCGUUCUCGUUACCCCUUGGUCAUUCAGUGGUGAGGGCCCAAUUGCUUCCAGGUGAGAAGAUCCUGCUCGCAAUGACUGAUCGAUCCGGAAACCUGACGGUGUACCUGGAACACCUCACUGCCAUCGAGGGCGCUUUGACUCAUGGCAGCCGUAGGAAAAAGUUGUAUCGCGAUAAGAUCGGGGAAUUUAUUCUGGCUUUUGAUGAGUCAAAGCGUGUACUCAGCGUUGUUGCCACAGAGAAGCUCCUCUUACACAUCUUCGUUUUUGAUGAUACCCUCGGUUUCCAGGCCAACGGCAGUGCGAUCAACCUGACUCAAUGGUAUCCUGAAGAGUCUUCCAUCAAUCAUGCGUGUUUCAUCUGCGGUGGUGAAGAAUUACUGCUCGUCGAUACAUCAGCACAGGCCAGAGUUUACUCUCUAACGACAAUGCAGUUUAGGCCUGCAACUCUCAACCUCAUUCAGAUUCCAACGGCGGUUUACUCAACUCCAGAUGGUUCUUGCUUAAUCACGGCUCAUGUUCGCGGGCCUGGUUUGUUAUUAACCGCCUACCACUGGAGCACUUUCGGCUCAACAGAUGGUAUCCCGCUCGAGAUCCCUGAUCUUCACUCAGACCAGCCACUGCUUCUGACAUCAUUGACUAACCGGAAUAUCGUGCAUUUGGUCUCACUCGACAUCAGCACUCAAUCAUGUCGAUCUAUCGCUCUCGAUAUCACCCGGAAAGUGACAGAGUUCACCUUCAAAGAAAAGGGUGCCCGAGGAGGGAAUGCGAAGCCUGAGAGCGUUACCGCCCACAACUGUCUCAUAGAUUGUCACGCCGAAGUGUGGACUCGCUUCCCAGUUCUUCCUGCCGUUCAGCGGGAAACGAUAACGUCGUCCAGUGAAAGGUGUCGGCGAACAUUGGUCUUCGUUACAGAUCUGGACCACCAUACAUUCGUGCCGCACUUCCAUGAUCUUGUUUUAAACUUUGAAAGGAUGUCAAAGAAGCCAACCGGAAAUCUUCUCAAGAGAAUCGCUGUCUCCGCAACGACACAGUCUGCUUUUCACCAUGGUCACCUCGACGGUGCGGAGUGGAACGUAUCAAAAUUUCGUGCUGGUGAAUGGCUGGCGGAAUUCCUCUGUCUUAUUCCUAUCCAGAUCGCUGUGACAAAGGAAAACCGUUUUAUUCCACUCAAAGAUGGCGUGUAUUCUACUGAACUGGAGAAGUCCCUUCUUGGCGCGGAUGUCAACCGCAUUGUCGACUACGUGUCUUUUGGUUGGUAUGAAUCUCUAUUUCAGUCAUACAUGGCCAAAAAGCCUGUCAAAGUUGUGUCAUCUAUGGGUGAACAAUCAGUGGGGAAAAGCUUUUCAUUGAAUCAUCUCGUGGACACAUCUUUCGCUGGAUCGGCGAUGCGCACGACAGAAGGAGUAUGGAUGUCAGUGACCCCGACUAAAGAUACUCUUGUGGUCGCCUUGGAUUUUGAAGGUGUCCAUAGUAUUGAGCGUUCCACUCAGGAAGAUACUUUACUCGUCCUUUUCAAUACUGCAAUUUCCAACUUGGUGCUAUUCCGGAAUAAUUUUGCCUUGAGUCCGCGACCUGUCCUAGAUCCAGCAGCCAACCCGAGUCUCUUUCAAUCAACAUUGGCAAUCAUCAUCAAAGAUGUCGUGGAUUCAGACAAAGCAGAUAUCACCAAAGAGUUCGCUCUCAAGUUUCAGAAGAUCGUCCAGGACGAACAAGAGGCCAACUUCAUUUCUCGUCUCCACGCUGGACAGUUGAAUAUAAUUCCAUGGCCGGUGAUCGAGUCGCAGGAAUUUUACCAGUUGUUCCCAGCCCUUAAGCGUCGGUUGGACAAACAAAAACUCACUCAUAAUACAGCAGGAGAGUUCCUUCAUACGGUGAAGACCUUGAUGGCGAAACUGAAGGCAAAUGACUGGGGCGCUCUGUCACAGUCAAUGGCUUCGCAUCGAGCACAACUUCUUCUCACCCGAUUGCCCAACGCUCUUGCAUUCGGACUGCAGGAGGUUCAUCCUGACCCAGAGCCUUUGAAGAACCUGGAUGAUGAUGUUCCGAUUGACAUGCCUGAUACUUCGUCAGCAUUUUCAUUGGCGGGGUUGCAAUCUCCUUCUCGAGAGACUGCUCUUCAAGUUCUGUUUCAUGCGUGGGGAGACUAUGGUUCUCGCCAUCACAUGCCGGAUGAUCUUUGGAUUGAGAAUUUGCUCACUCAUAUCGACAGUCUGGUCAAUUUGCGCAUUGCCCAUGUUCGCGAAUGGAUGUCAUCGAAUGUCGCUCGCUUUCAAAGCGGGCAAGCAAGUAUUGACGAGCUCAUGAGAACGUUUGAAAGUGCAACAGUGGACUUGAAGAGCAAUUUGCAGUUGUGCAAGCUAAAAUGCAGAAGUUGCGAACUGCUCUGCAUUCAGAGCAGAUUGCAUGACGGACAGCAUGACUGUCGGACUUCUCAUGAUUGCAUACAUUCUUGCGAUUUCUGUGCGUCAUCUGGAGAGAAGAAGGCUUGCUCCAUGUCAUGUAUUGUAAAUGCGCAUCUCUGUGGUCAAGUUUGCAAACUCUUCGGGAGACAGGGAUGCCUGGAUGAGUGUACGAAGGUGAUCGGUCACGCAGAAGACGAACAUCUAUGUGCUGCCAAUAUGCAUGCCUGCGGUCAGCCAUGCGAUCUGUCAAAUCUCAGUGAUGUGAACCAUGACCAACACCUGUGUGAUGCUCGGCUUUGCUCUUUCCCCUGCCAACUUUGCAAGAGACUCUGUGCGAAUACAGACCAUCUUCACGGCUUGGAAGACAACGCUAUUCAUCUCUGCGGGGAGGAACAUUCGUGUUCUGUGCAAUGCACUGCCGAGGGCAUCUGCGAAAUUGAGACUGCACCACAAUCGAUCGAGGCGACGUUCACAGGAAGGCACGAGACCUUCCAGUACACGAAGGUAGCGUGCUUGGCUAAACGACUGAGAUGCGCCAAGUCGAUACCACCAGGCCUGGUAGUCCAUGAAGGUCAGCACAACCACAGUUUGGACCCAAGAGUGGUACACUUUUGCAGAACGAAAUGUGAUCACUGUGGUUACUAUUGUACAUUGCCGCUCGGUCACCCGCAACAAGAGCAUGAAACGAGACAUGGAUCCAUGUCUUCGUCACGAUGGGCAAUUGAUGGUCCGGAUGAUACGGGUCUCGAGGUCGAAGGCCGUCGCUUCUCUUCAAAUGACGAGGGAGCACCGAUGAUGUGCAACCUCUUCUGUCAGGCGUUGGGCAGACACGUCCACAUUGACUACUGUCGUGCAGAGGAUGCCGCCUCAUGCAUAGGAAACAAUGAAGCUCAGCAUAUUCUAAGGAGACUGUUACCGCACCCGGACCGUCCUAAAGAUUUUUUGACACACAAUCUGUUCUGGCGGCGGAGUGGCUUCAAAGAUCCGUACUCUAGGGAGGAACAAACAAACUUCGCAAAAUGUGACGCCAUGUGCACCGGUCAAGUCAUCUCUAUUGCCGAUCUUUGUUGGUUACUCAUCCUCACACCAGGUCCUGAACACACUGCUGCAGGGGGCAAUGCUGCUCAGCCAUCUUUUUGUACUUUACCUCUCUUCCACGUCCCAAUGGAUCCAAACAACACCCCAGCGACCCUCGGUUACGUCUCCAACGAUGGGCAUUUUUUCUCUUGCAGGAAUCCCGUGGCGAUGCAGCAAGCGUUCCAUCGCAUACUGACUAUUGGCAGAUCUAAAUCUAUGCGGAUGAAAGAUCGACAACCUCUCAGGAAUACUCCUGCCUCAGAUAGAAUUACCCAACGUUCUAACAACAGAUUUGGCGCCGUUCUCUCGUCCCUGUACAGCUUUUGGUCUGCCCGAGCUGCAGCAGUUGCUGGUCGACAAUCAGCUAGACGAGACUCUUACAGUAUCAUCCUGUUUGAUCGGUCUGUUGUGGACGUCGUGGUGAACGACUUCUCCAGCUCGCCUGACCAGCUACUAGACGCUGCACAAAUUUCACUUGCUGCGAUUCAACGUGCCCAGUCAGUCAUGGAGCAACACUGGAGCACGGAGAGAACUCCUGUCAUCAUCUUUCUGUCGGAUGGCGAGUGCGCUAUCGAGAACCAAACUGUUCAAGAUUUGUGCCGCGCUGCGGUCCGCCUCGGAAAAGCACUAUCCUUCCACUCCGUGUCUUUUGGCCAAAAUAGAUAUUCCGCGACAUUGAAAAGGAUGUUCCAGAUCGCUCUUGAAAUCCAGAACAAUGCCCCACGAGACCCCUUGGCUCCCGCAGCAGUUACAGUUCCGUCCUCAUACACUGAAGCUUUAGACACGGUUCAACUUGCUGAAACAUUCCUUGGAAUCGCUGAAUCGCUCACAAAACCCAGAGGGUCUCUCAUUCAUUAG